AUGAAUUAUAGCAUCUACAACAACCUAAUAGCUAAAUUAGUUCCUCGUAGUGGCAAAGAUGAGUUUCAAUUUUAUCAAGUUGAUGCGUCGGGGAAUUUGUCACCAGAUGGAUCCGUAUUUUUGGAUGAGUCGGUAAUCGAUUUCGCUUGGGGGAGAGCACCAAGCUCGACAAAGAAAAGAGAACUUAAUGGAACAGCAAAACCUCAUAUUACAAAUGACUCAGUGAUUGCGUUAUUGCUGUCGGGGGAUAUUGUGUCGAUUUCGUCCCAUUCGAGGACAGUUGUCAGAUAUGAAGUAAAGAUAAAGUUGACUCAUUUUAUUGGAAUAGAGGAAAACACGAUAUGGGGCUUGUCGAAAGGAAACUUAUAUAAAGUCGGAUUAGAUGGAAAAAGUACCAAGGUGCAAGUGCCUGAGUUCAAGAGCAUUGUCGUCAAAAGUGGGAGUGUUUAUAUUGGUACAUCGUCAGGACUUCUAAUUGGGAAGAUAAAUAAAAAUGCAUUUGACAAGGAGAAAGAAAUCAAAACCGGAUUUGAAGUUCUGUCGGUGGAGGUACAGGAUUCGGUAGUUAUAGGAUCAUCACUAUCCAAGGCAGUACUAGUGCAUGCAAAAUUAAGUAAAGAGUUGAUUAUUGGCGAAGGUGUGAAAAUACAGGUUGCGGGAAACAUCUACAUCAUCAACGACGACUCAUUGAAAGUUCUCACACCUACGGGGGAUUACAUCAAGACUAUAAAUACAUCACAUCAGGUUGACUACGUUUUCGAAAUAGAUGGUACCAACUAUGUCAGCUGGCACGAUGGUGUUGACAUGCAUGUUCAGAAAUUCACAGAAGAUACUGACUCUAUAUCCUUUCAAAAUGGGUCAUCUGUUAAACCAAAAAACUCUACCAUGAUUCAUGUUGAGGAAAAUGUUAAAUUGUUGGAUGCAAAGACGGUGGAGAGUCAACUACAUGACAAAUUAAGUAAAAACAAACUCAAUGAGGGAGAAAUUACCCAAUUAUGUACAUCAUUACACAACGAUGAUGACGUAAAGCAAAUUGUCUCAACCUUACCUCAUGAGUAUGUCGAACGGUUGUUUAGCGUCAUGAAUACAAACUUACCAGUAUGGCUCAAAUGGAUACUAUUGAUACAUGGAAAUCUGAUUGCUAAAUCUGCAACUUCCGUCAAGGAUCUUCAGCAAAACCUUCGAUCAAACGUGGAAACAAUGUCUCACUUGUAUGCAAUCAAGGGUAAGCUUCAGUUACUUCAAUUACAAUCGCAGAUUAGAGAUACAUCUAUUGAUAAUGACAUUACCACUACAAUUGAAGAUGAGACGAUGAUUUACGCAAACGGGGAAGUGGAUGAAUUAAAUAGACUCUAA